UCAUUUUAGCAUUAAAUGAAUAAAUAUUUGUUCUUUUCAAACUUAAUCAAAACUCAAGUAUCCUCGAAAGUGGUUACCCGACAAAUAAAUAUGGCUGCUGGAAAGAAAGCUGCUGCUAUUAAAGCUAUUGAUGAUUAUGUAUCCAAUAAUCAAAAUGUCGGCAUUGGAAGUGGCUCAACAAUUGUGUAUGCAAUUGAACGGUUAUCUAAGAGAAUUCAAAAUGAAAACUUACAGAUUAAAUGCGUCCCCACAUCCUUUCAAGCUCGCCAACUAAUACUGGAGAACGGGUUGUACUUAAGUGAUUUGGAACAAACACCAGAGCUUGAUGUGGCAAUCGAUGGUGCUGAUGAAGUUGACCAAUAUCUAAACUGUAUCAAAGGUGGAGGAGGGUGUUUAACUCAGGAAAAAAUUGUUGCUUCAUGUGCAAAGAAGUUUAUUGUCAUAGCUGAUAGCAGCAAAGACUCCACAAAUCUGGGUGACAAAUGGAAGAAAGGAGUGCCUAUAGAAGUUAUUCCAAUGGCCUUUAAACCAGUUUCUUUAAAGCUGGAAAAACUUGGACUAAAACCUGUAUUGCGAAUGGCAAAGUCGAAAGCUGGUCCCUUAGUUACAGAUAAUGGAAAUUUUAUUAUUGAUUUUGAGUUUGAGACUGUGAAAGAUUGGAAAAGUUUAAACAAUCAAGUUGUUAGUAUUCCAGGCGUUGUCGAGACUGGUUUGUUUAUCAAUAUGGUGGAUUGUGUUAUUUUUGGAAACGAGGAUGGAACAGUUACUUUGAAGGGAAUUUAAACACUAGAAAUUUAACCUUGCACUAAAAAAUCUUCAUAUUUAUUUAUGUUAUUUUAUUACACGUCUGUAUAAAACACGAGACGAAGUUACAAUCCUGUAGUUAAGUAGUUAUUGAAAAACUGAAGAAGUAAACUACAGAAUUAACAACAUUUUUAAUUUUUAGUACAUAAUAGUUAGAUUCAUUAGAUUUUUUAAAAGAGGUUCCUUUCAAGCUAAUUCUAUUCAUUCUUUUGGUGUUUGUAAAAGACACUUUAGGCGAUAUUUCAGUUUCAUUGAAUGUUGACCUUGGUUCAGUCCGUUUAUUUAAGCAGCUUUUUCACACACAGUAACCUAAAAUGAGAAAAAUUUUAAGCAACUGUGUGUCCGAGGUAUAAAAAGUGUAUACUUGAAUUAUUUUUUUUUGUUUUCAACGCGAUUAUUUGUGGAAGAUAUUUUGAAAUCGAAAAUUUUAUAAAAAUAUUUUUACUUUUUUAUAUAGUAAAAAACUUCUCUUGUAAAUUUUUCUUUAUUUAUACUUUGUUCAGAAGUCAUAGGUAUUGUAAAUUUAGAUUUUCAUUAUUGGUGGAAAAAAAAUUUUGGUCGGAGAAAA